AUGGAUUUCAACAAUCUCAAAGACCAGGUCAGCAACCUGAGCCUCUACGAUGUCAAAGCUGGCAUCCGGAAAGUCCAAAAUGCCGUGAUGAACUACACAGAGAUGGAGGCGAAGGUCCGAGAAGCCACGAAUAACGAACCAUGGGGUGCAUCGUCCACGCUGAUGCAGGAGAUUGCGAGCGCAACGUUCAAUUACCAGCUUCUAAAUGAGAUUAUGCCCAUCCUUUACAAGCGCUUUACGGAGAAGACGGCGGAAGAAUGGAGGCAGAUAUACAAGGCGCUUCAACUUCUCGAGUUCCUAAUCAAGAACGGCUCCGAACGAGUCAUUGACGAUGCCCGGUCACAUCUGUCUCUAAUGAAGAUGCUUCGCCAAUUCCACUUCAUCGACAACAACGGAAAGGACCAAGGCAUCAAUGUGCGGAAUCGAGCCAAGGAGCUGGCAGAACUUCUAAGUGACGUCGAACGGAUCCGAACCGAGCGAAAGAAGGCACGAGCGAACCGGAACAAGUAUGGGGGAGUCGAAGGAGGAUUGGGAGGAGGCAUCGGAGGCCUUUCAGGUUCAUCGCGGUAUGGAGGCUUCGGUAGCGAAACCGGAGGAGCCUAUGGAGCGUAUAGCGGAGGAGUAUAUGGGGACGGCGGUGGAUUUGGUGGCAACGAAUCUGGAUUUUCAGAUACUCAGGCCCGUGGGGAUCGGUUUGAAGAGUACGACGAAUAUGACGAAGGCGCGGUCGCUGCGACACCGAAGCGCAAUAAUGGAACCUCCUCGACAGCGCCGCCGCCAAAAGCGGAGAAUAAGAAGCCAAAGCAGCCAGAAGUGGACCUUUUCUCGUUCGAUGACCCGGCCCCAUCGGGCCCAUCAACAUCGACUGGGAAGCAACCUGUUUCGGGGGGGCAUAGUGCAUUGGCUAACACCGCGGAUGACGAUGAGUUCGACGACUUCCAGUCCGCCGCCCCCACACAGCCAGCCGCGACGACCUCAACCGGACUUGGCAGCGUUCCACCUCCUGCCUCGGUGUCGACCACUACAUCCGCGACCCAGUUUGCGGCGCCGCAACCCGUCCAAGGGACGCAAAGCGCCAACAUCAACACCCUCUUCGCGUCCGUAUCUUCCCCACCACUAGCGACCCCCUCCAUGACCGCAUCACAACCCAGCCUCAUGUCGCAGCCACCCAAGCCAACGGGGUUCCAGCCUUCCGGUCCGAACUACUUCACGUCCGUCCAAAUCGCUCAACAGGCCGGGACCGGGGCCUCGACCCCCGCCGCGAACGGAAGCGGCGUUCUCUCGCCAUCGGGUUCUAUCGGUGCGAAGCCGGGCGCCAAACCUGCCAGCGCGGCAUCCAGCGAUCCGUUCGCCGAUCUGCUGGCGGGAACAAAUUUCACGAAGCCGACGUCGACGUCGAAACCGAUGACGAUGGCAGAUAUGGCGAAGCAGAAGUCGAGCGCUGGGAUCUGGGGGGCGCCUCAGUCGUCGAGUGCCGGCAGCAGUACGCCUGGGACGCAAUCAACGGGACAGAAGCCAGGAGGCGGAAGCUCUUUCGAUGAUUUGUUGAGCUGA